UAACGAUUAGUACCAAGUCCAUAUGGCUUUGAAAAGUACAAAUGUAGAAGAUAAGAUGAUGUCGAUGCAAGGCUCAAAGAUAGUUCUUCCAAGCUCUGAUGUUCAGAAAUAUUGUUUAAUCACUAUUUGUAGCAUCAUCUCACGUAUUAUGAACCCUGAAGGUAGAUCAUCUAGGACAGCCUACAAGAGUGAAAAUUGUCCAAGUUGGUGGCCAAAUGAUGUGGUGUUUUCCCCUUUGCAAGGGCCUAAGGCUGUCAUGAAUGGUAUCACUGCUGAUCACAAGAAAAAAGUAUUGGCAGCUUUCUUGGAGAAAUGUCCUGAGCAGUACACAAUAUCACCUCCAGUUGAUCAGCAAAACUCUGCCUCGGACGAUAAAACUGACCAUCCUGCAGUUGGUACAAACAGAGUCAUCAAGAUGAAACCAGGCUCAAAAAGACUGAGGAGGAUGCCAGGCUCAAAGAUAAUUCUUCCAAGCUCUGAUGCUGAGGAUUAUUAUUGUAGAGCAAUUCUUUGCAGCACUAUUUCACGUAUUGUGAACCCUGAAGGUAAGAGUGCCAGAAACUUCUACACGAGUGAUAAUUGUCCAAGUUGGUGGCCAAAAGAUGUGGCGUUUACUCCUGUGUCAGAUGGUAUCACUGCUCUAAAUCUGAGAAAGAUUUUAGCAGUUUUCUUGGAGAAAUGUCCUGAGCAGUACACAAUAUCACCUCCAGUUGAAACUGACCAACCAGAAGACCCUGCAGUUGGUACAAAGAGAGCCAGGAUGAUGUCAGGCUCAAAGAUAGUUCUUCCAAGCUCUGAUGCUGAGGAUUAUUUUGGAAUCACUCUUCGUAGAACAAUUGGAUGUAUUGCAAACCCUAAAGGUAGGAGGAGCAGAAACAUCUACAGGAGUGAUAAUCGUCCCAGUUGGUGGCCAAAAGAUGUGGCGUUCUCUACUGUUACAGGGCCCAAAGCAAGUAUCUCAGCUGUACACCAGAGAAUGAUUGUGGCAGCUUUCUUGGAGAAGUGUCCUGAGCAGUACACAAUAUCACCUCCAGUUGAUCAGCAACAUUCUGGUGAAAAGAUAGUUCUGUCAAGUUCUGAUGUCAAUGAAUACACUGGAAGCAUUCUUGUUAGAACCAUUUCACGUAUUGUGAACCCUACACGUAUGAAGGGUCGAAGUAGUAGCAGAAAAAAUUUUUCGCGUUUCAAUUGUCCAAGUUGGUGGCCAAAAGAUGUAGCGUUUUCUCCUGUGACAGGGCCCAAGGCUGUCGCGAAUGGUAUCACUACUGUACAACGGAGAAAGAUUUUGGCAGCUUUCUUGGAGAAAUGUCCUGAACAGUACACAAUAUCACCUGCAGUUGAUCAGCAAAACUCGGCCUCGACAGGUGAAACUGACCAACCAGAAGACACCACCAUCGUUGAUGUCGAAACAUAUUAUGAAGAAAGUUUAAAUGAAGAUAUUGAAGAAAAUGUUAGCAUACCAAGUGACCCCGAAGACCUGUUGAAUAGUCUAGAGCAGCACUUUCUGGAUUCUAGGAAAAGAAUGCUCGAGGCUGAGAGGAAAGUUGAGGAGCUGACGAAAGAAAACGAACGUCUCAGAAAAGAAAUGAAGGGAAACAAUGAAUAAUGACUCUAUACUAAUGUGUAGCUAUCUCCCCAUUGUUAUUUGUGUUUAUGAUUCGUAUGAUGUCAUUGUAUUCAUAAUCUCAUUUAUAAUUAUAUCUCUCAUUGUGUUCAUCUUUUCUGUCAUUCUUAUGUUACAUGUACGUUCACUCAUGA